AUGAUGCAACUUUCAUGUGGAAAGGAAGAAUGUCUGCAUACAAAAGUACGUACUUUGGGACUUGUCAAGAGAAUUGAUCUCUCAAGCAGCAGAUUAACUGGGGAUCGAUAUCAAUUCACUGAUCUUGUUGGAUUGGUUUCUUUGAACCUUUCAAGAAACCAUUUAACAGGACAAAUCACUCCAGAUAUUGGAAAGUUGCAGUCAUUAGAUUCUCUUGAUAUUUCCAGAAACCAGAUAGAUGGUGCAAUUCCAACAAGCCUUGCUCGGAUUGAUCGACUUGCUUACCUGGAUUUGUCAUAUAACAGAUUGUCUGGCGAAAUUCCAACCGGUACACAGCUCAAAGGUUUUGAUGCCUCCGUAUUUGUGGAAACCCUCAGCUGUGUGGACCUCCACUUCAAAAGAUGUGUGCUCCGGAACGACAAAAUGUGUCGCAUGACAAAGAAGAUAGGGAUGAGAUCAUAA